AUGGCCAAUUGUCCACCAAGUUCCCAGUUUGAGGACCAGAGCCCCAAGCCCAGCUCCCCAGGGUACCCCCUGGAGGUGACUGUGAAUGAAGAAAGCCCAGGACCCUCAGCUCCCUGGGCCGGCUCCGGCCCCCUGCCUCGGUGCCCCUGCUGGAAGAGGAAGUUGGCGGCGGCUUUCCCAGAGGACGUGGAGGACCAGCCCGCCGCUGAGGCCCAGGACGUCUGGGUCGUGGAGUCGGUGUGCGAGCUCAAGAUGACGUUGAAGAGACAGCGGGUGUCUUCGGUGCUACCUGAGCACCACGAGGUCUUCAACAGGAUGCUUGAGGACCCGGUCGUUAAGAGAUUCCUGGCCUGGGACAAAAAAAUGAAGGUAUCUGACAAGUAUCUUCUGUCGAUGGUGAUCGCUUACUUCAGCCGGGCUGGCCUCUUCCCCUGGCAGUACCAGAGAAUUCAUUUCUUCAUUGCUCUCUACCUGGCCAAUGACAUGGAAGAGGACAACCAGGCCCCCAAACAGGCCAUCUUUUCAUUCCUCUAUGGAAAGAACCGCUCCCAGCGUCCCUUGUUCCACAAAUUGCGUUUCCAGUUCCUCCGUUCCAUGGGCUGGAAGACGAGGGUCACGCUGGAAGAGUGUGAAAAGAUCCAGGCUUUUGAUCCGGAGCUCUGGGUGUGGGGGCGAGAUCGUGCCCUCUUUUCCUAGAGGAACCAGGACCAUGCAGGCCUGAGGUCAUCGGCCUGAGGAAAGAUCACAGAGCCCAGGGGAGAUACCAAUGUUCAGAGGAAGUCAAUCCAGAUGGGGAAGACCGCCACGAGGAAGGAGGAUAGAUGCCCCUUGUGCAGAUAACAGGAAGGAACCCAGCAUCUCCUAGAAUGAUCUGGAUGGCGCUGUUGUUUUGUACUCCUAGAAGAAG